ACUGGAUUCGGUUUCUUCAUUUCAUCAACUGUUGUUUUGGGAAAUAAUCUUAAUCCCCAUUGUCGCCCAAUAUCUGAAACAUUAUGGAAUUAGCAUUUGCUGCUUCGAUAUACCCGACGCAUGGAAAGAGAGGUAUCUACGAGAUAAGACCUCUCAGCUCAAAACUCGUUACCAACAAGAAACGGUCUUUUUACAACAAGUUUCUAUGCACAGUUGCUGUUGCUCCUUACGGGAAUAGGGUAUCUUUGGUUGAGCUAGAGAGCAAGAAACAUGAUCUUCUCCUUGCUGUUCAAGACACACAACGAAGUCUUGUUACAACUGCUGAUCAACGUUCAAUUAUCGAGGAGGCUCUGGUAUAA